AUGACCUGCUCUGCUGCCACUGCCCCUUCUGGCUGUCAAAGCCUCAACGACCUGCGCUGCUGCCACGGCCUCUUCUGGCUGUCAAAGCCUCGACGACCUGCGCUGCUGCCGCUGCCCCUUCUGGCUGUCAAAGCCUCGAUGACCUGCUCUGAUAACACUGCCCCUUCCCGCUGUCAAAGCUUCGAUGACCUGCGCUGCUGCCGCAGCCCCUUCUGGCUGUCAAAGCCUCGAUGA